CUUUCUUUUGUAGUAUCAUCACCACUCAAAACACAGUCCGAUGAAUCGGUGCCGAAUGCGCAAGAUGAGGAAAAAGAGAAAGAGGACUAUGAAACAUUACGUAUAUAUGAUGGCAAUAGCUCGCUCAGAAAGCAGGUUUAUCGUACUGCCACGCUGCCGAAAACAGCUUCCGUACAACAGAUUCGAGAUGUAGCACUGAGGCGAUUUCACAUAAGCGGAGAAGAGGAACUGCUCGAAGACCCGGUGCCAUUACGAAAUGUGAGAAGGCCUGAAGGACGUCGUGCACAAAUUUUUCUUCGCUACAAAGAUGAUCCUGAGAAAGCGGUUGUUAAAUUAUAUGGCGGGUGGCUACGUGUGCCGGUAACAUUUUGCUCGUUGACGGUAACCAAAGAAACACUGGUACAAGAUGCGAUUGCUGAAGCUCUGGAUCGUUUUGGAUUGGAUCGGAGUUCGGCUAAUCGCUAUAAUUUAAUUGAGGUUUCGUUAGAUCGUGGUGUUGCUGAACGAACAGCGAAUCCGCAUGAAAAUAUGCUACAACUUGUGCGAAAUUUGAGAAAGGAAAAAGAUGAUCCACAUGAUCAUGCUGUUUUUGUUGGCAAUUUACCCGUCUCACUAGCACAACGACAAUAUGAAAGAAUUCUGUUGCGUUUAUUAGGCGCUAAGGGUUAG